UGCAGUUCGACUUCGGGGGAACCUGCGAAGUCGGGGCCGAGCGAUCGAAUGUAAACAAACCCCACGUGUUCUUCAUGGCCAGUGACAGGACAGGAAACACGCACGGCCCUCGCCACCGAAAAAUAACACCAUCAACAACCGAGCACAAGAAUGGAAGAGUUGCUGAGGCUUGGAGUGCUGGAUGAUAACGAAUACAUAAGACUGUUGAGAUGUGUGGUGGGAGGUGGGGAUGUAACACUCAAUGCAUGUGAGGUGGUGAGAUGCAUCAUAGAGGCCAGGGAAGUCACCCACCCACAGGCUCCCAGCAACCCAACCCUUAUCAACCUAUACCAAGAUAUUCUUAACCGCUGGCUUUUACCUCCAUUACUGAACAUUCUCCAACACAAUAAAGGGGCAUCGAAAGACUCUUCAGAAUCUCACAACACCAAUAUCAUCCAAAAGAAUAAUAUUGAGAGACUUGACUGCAUACCUGUAUCAUGCAGUGCUUCAGAUGGUGAGGGAGAGAAUCAAGAACAGUUUGAUAACCCAGAAGAGCCAGCCGUGCAAAUAAAAUCAGAGGAUGUUAAUAUAAUAACUAAAUUGUGUAACCUUGUUGCUUUGAUCUUUAGAAUUGUGUUUGAUGCCCAUGUGGACGCUCAAAGUGCAUUAGAGUGUAAUGACCUGCAAGGAAGUACUAGAUCAGAGGUCCAAGAGAUAUCUGAACCCUCAAAGAGGAUAUUCAAAGCAAUUGCUGCAUGCUUUCGUCUGAAAUCUCAGGAUGGAGCGACCGAGAAACAACACAUCAUCAAGCUUCUAUCACAUGCCUUUUCCAGUUUGGUCAGGGACGGGUGGUAUGCCAAAACAUUAGAGCUUCAGCAUGCUGCCAGAUUGGUGAUGGAGGCAAUCCUGUCUAAUGGAGAGUUGUGGCAUGACCCAGAGAUCACUGCCUCCCUUUUUACUCUUGUUAUUCAGCCAUAUCUGAAAACCAGCAGCAAAGAUGAGAGGGAGAUCUUUCAGAAGCUGUGGGUUAUUCUCUUCAGUUUCUACAAUGUGGAAGAUGGUAUUGUGGUGGAGAAGAGGACAACUGUGGGGCUGGUGGUGUUAUGCUUUCUCAUUGAUCUCAUGUCUCAUGGAGAGAUAUUCACAUGGAUCAGCAAUGAUGAAACAUUUUGGGUAGUUCUUCAGCACAGCCUUGCUCAUAGUGAUUCUUACUCUCGCAAGAGGGCUCGGUAUGUCUUAAGGAAGGUUAUUGAUCACAGCUCAUCCAAGAGACCUUCCUCAGAGUAUUUACCUUGGUCUCAUGAACAAAAAAAUAAUUUGCAGCAGCUUUGGAGUGAUUUUUUCCUUCUUUUGGAAACUCUUGAAGAAAAGCAGACUCAUGUUGUCAAGCCAGUGCUGGAAAAGAUUGAUAAAUUGAUCAGAAGUUGUCAGGAAGGAAAGAUGCACAUGUCCUGGGUGGUGGUAGUGCUGCGAAGGGUCUUGGAUCAAGACAACAGAACUGUCAGGGUCUGGGGGGCCAGCAAAGUGUUGAGCUUAAGGCUGCCGCAGCAGGUGAUGGAGCAAGGCUUCCUAAACUUUAUUACUCAUCACUUUCUGCUUGCCCUUGCUGACUACUCGCUCUACAGCCGAGAGCCAGGCCAGCAGGCAGGUGACCCCUCCAGGGUUGGGAAUCAGAUUCCAGACUUUCUGAGCAGUGUGGUGAGCAGUCUUGACAAAUCUCUACAAUGCAGGUUCUUGUGCACUCUUUUGGAACAACUGUUUGAUGGGCAGCCAUGGGGGGGCAUCCCUUUGUUUUACCUGAUGAGAGGUCUGGCUCUGAUACCCCCCACUCCUGUCUGGACCUACACACAAGCCAGGAAGGCUGCCAUAAACCUCGAGAGCUGCCUCAGCACACAGGAGGUAACAUUGCGCUCAGCAAGUCAGUGUGACUUUUUGAGGGCAGUUCUCAGGCAUUCAUCACCCAACACCACCUUCCUUGAUCUCUGUCAUAUUGUAAGCCAUGUAAGACGCCAGGAAAGUUGGCAGCGAGGCACCACCACUUGGAACGCCAUUCUGGAGGGUGUGGCCAGCCGGCAUGAGAGGAGAGAGGACAGACUGCAUGCCGUCCAACAAGCCAUCAGUGACCAGCUCUCUGCCAGUUUUCAGAAAAAUGUGCAGCCCCAUGAUGCUGCCCUGGCACUGUGUUUGCUGGGUGAGGAGGAAUGUGAGGGUGUUGAGCAGGUUCUAGCCCCUCUGACCUUAUUCCUUCAAGACUGCCACUUGCGCCCAUACCUGAGCCCCUGUGGACGGGUGUGGGCAGUGCAGUUCUUGACCCAUGUGAUGGAGAUCUUGUUUGACAGUUCCCUGGUAGCCCCUGACUACCCUGAACAACCACUGGGUGUGUUGGCUGAAGGCUUGGGCUGUCUUCUGGAGUUGUUUGUUUCUCAGCUUGUGAGCUAUAACAGUCCACACCACCUUGAGGAUCUCCAGCUGUACCUGAGAUUACUGAGGCACAGCAGCAGGAUGAAGUGGUCCCGGGAGGUGGUGUGGAGCCUUUACCCAGAGAUGCUGGAGGGAUGCAAGGGCCUUCUGGAGCAACAGCAGCCUGUGCCAACCUCUCUUGGAGUGGUGAUGCUGGAGCACUUGCUGGAACAUUACUUCUCCAGUGCUCCACAAAGUUACCAGAAAGAGGCUGUCCAGCUGCUCACCCUCCACCCAGAAGCCCUCACCCAAACCAGGCUCCUCCCAGGCCACCAGCCAUCCCCAGCCACUACACAGCUCCUGAUGGAGACUCCCUGCAGCUGCUGGCAUUCUGUUGAGCUGCUGCUACAAGCAAAGGAAUCUUGGUGGCAUGAGGGAGAGACAAAGAGGGUGGAGGCGGUGGUGCUGGAGGUGCUGCUUGAGUGUGUGUCCACCGCCAGCCACUCCACUGUUCCUCAUGUGUUCCAAGUGGCCAGAAUCAUGGCGCCAACGCUCGUCAAGGCUGGCAUGUGGGAGGAGGUGGUGCAGGCCAUGUGGGCUGCCUCCUUUGAGUUCCGCAAGGGGUGUGACCUCUAUAGGACCCUAAUUAGGUGCUUGACCGACCUGCUCUUCCACGGGGAUGCCAUGGCCUGCCCAGACUGCCAUGCCUCCAUCAUUAAGGUGUCACAGGAAAUACUGAAGGCAGGCGAUGGUGUGCAGGGGGUCGCCUCACACAUGGCCUGCAGUCUGGCCUCCUCCCUCGUCAAGGCUGGGGUUGGGGAGCCUGGCUGGUUCAGACUGAUGGCCAAGGAAGUUCUGGCACCCUUGCUGAUGUUUGGUUCUGUCUUCCGCAAGCAACAUCGAGUCAUACGGGACACUCUACUUUUUGUGAGGUCAUGUGGGGACCUCUACACCUGCAGUACCCAGAGAGAAGGUGAUCCUGACUCAGACUGUCGUGCACGAGCGACUGCCCUUCGUUACCUCCUGAGUCUGAGGGCAGAGCGAGCAGAGGACAGGAUGGCGGCGGCAGCAGUGGCAGAAGGUAUCAAACACCAGUAUGCUCAAAGUUCUGCUCUCCGUCGGGAUUUCCCAAACUCCCAAAACCACCGCUACAAGACCAGGCUGCUGCAGGCCUUCCUGGUGCUGCUGCCCUUGUUAGACCGGGAGGACUGUGAGAACCACUUGAUAUGGCUGAGUGAAGGGCUGACGUGUGACCACCAGCAGCCCAGCAUCCGGUAUGCACAGGAAUGGGGGGCGGCCCUCCUCCCUAUCCUUCACCCUAACCUGCACACAACCCUUCUCCAGCUCUUCCUCAAGGGAGCCGAGACACGGAUGGGGUGUGUGGGAUCUUUCUUAGCAGCCCUUACCCAUGCAGCCUGCACCUCUCUGGACCCCACCGUGCUGUCGUCUGCCCUCCAGCACACCCUGGCCUGGUGCACCGCCCAGCACUUCAACACAAGACUCUACGCACAGGUGUCUUUAAGGAAGAUUUGGCAGCACUGUGAGGAGCAGCAGAUGGAGGCUGUGCUGCAGGAGUUCCGAGCCGUGCCGCUGUGCCUCAUACAACAUGGGAAUGCUGCUCGUAACACCAUCAACAUGCUGAAUGACUUCUACUUUAAGGUCUUUCAUCCUGUGCGCCACUACACUCUGCAGACCAUCUUCCAUGACCUGCCGCGGCUGUCCCUGCUGGCAGAUGACGAGUGGAUGACAGUGGAGUCCCUGGUGGGAGUGGCUGAUGAGGAGCACCUUCCCAUCCACACCUCUCUGCCUCGCCACAACCCAGACUCUGUUCUCACCAUGUCCACACCAGCCCCAUGGGUAGUGAAAGCUGCAGGAGAGGAGCAGCAAGCUGGUGAUGAGGUGGCCGGUGAAGUCGACAACGUGCAGAAGAAGAUUGUGCCCCAGAAGGUCUUGGUGCCUGAAGGGUCCUCUCUCCCCCACCAGGGCAGGUGGGAGGGCAGGCAUGGAGACCUCAUUGUGGUGGCAACACUGGUGGACAAAGCUGCCAACCUCGGCGGUCUGUGUCGCUCUUGUGAGGCCUUUGGGGUGAGGGAGCUGGUGGUGUCAUCCCUUGCAGUGCUACAGGACCAAACAUUCACCUCCCUGGCUCUCACUGCACAGCGCUGGUUGCCCAUCAAGGAGGUGAGACGAGAGGACUUGCUGACCUACCUCAGGGCUAGACAAGCAGAGGGUUACAUGUUGGUUGGGGCCGAACAGACGGCUCAAAGCAUCAGCCUGGAAGAGUUCACCUUCCCUGACCGUACAGUGGUGGUUCUUGGGAACGAGAGGGCUGGAGUGCCAUGCGAGGUGCUUCAGGUCCUCCAGGCCAGCGUACAGAUCCCCCAGAGUGGCACCGUGCGCUCUCUGAACGUGCAUGUCUCGGGGGCACUCUUUGUCUGGGAGUACACCCGGCAGAUCCUCACACGCUCACCCAAUACAAAAGGAAUUGAUAGUGGCGUCAGUGGUGAUAAAAGAUAGCAGGCGGUAAUAAGUGUUGGUAAUUGUUAAUUAGUAAUGUAGUAAUAAGAAUUGUUAAUGUUUAUGGGUAGGCGGUGGCUGAGUGGUUAGCGUGCAGGCCCCGCAUUUCCCGUGUGAUGGAUGAUGCGGGUCCGAAUCCGCCGCUACCAUCUGGGAUUUUUCAGUCACCGCCGAGUGGCUUAAGACUACCCACAUGCUGUUCUGAAGACCACCCAUCAACCCGAACUCUAGAGGAAACCGUCCAAGUGAAAUAAGAACAAGCUCCGGGAAGGCAGCAUGAGGCAAGAAAAGAUGGCGCCACUAUAAAACACUUGCCUGUGCCAUGAUGGGCUGGGGCCGACUACCAUCCAGGCCCCUCAAGAAAGCCUACCGGCGCUGUAGGCUGGCACAUAAAAAAAAAAAAAAAGAUGGAUGAUGGUGAUAGGGGUGAAAGAGAGCACAAGACAGUAGUAAGUGUUGGUAGUUCUGUCUAUCUAUAUCUCCAACACUGUCCCCUUGCAAAUAUUUUUCUUGAGGGUGUGGCCAGGGCAGAUAUCCAGUUUUCCCUGUUCUAGUACACACUCUGUGCAUUCAGUCCCUUGUCUACCAGUUCUCCCUUUCCAAUACUCAUCCACCCUAUUGAUCCUUUUACUGGUGGUCUUCCCGUGAAACCAUUUUUCUCACCCCUUCAGUCACACACUCCUAACAAUAUCAUACAUUCACAUCACGUCUAAAACAUCUUCGAGUACCAUGCUUCACCCAUUCUUCAACCACUACCCUUGCCACGACUCCCAUACCAUACACAUUCACGUCACUUCCGUCCCAUCUCAACACACCACAUGCUCCUCAUACAUAGCUCAUUUCCACUUCAUAAUUGUUGUGGUACAUUCCACAUCCAUGUCUCUGAUGCAUGCAUAUGAUAAGAGUUGGAAGAAUAAUAAUAUUUAUAACCUUGGUAUUGUUAAUAAUUAUAAGUUAUAAUGGUGAUGAUAAUAAACAUGUGUUUAAUGGA